UCAGCUUUAUGUCGAGCGUACAGGGAGUCGCCGAGUAACCAGACACAAGCAGAUGAAGAGGAGGUAAGAAUGUAUCCCCUGUCCUGUAGUCGUUUCCAGUAAGGCUGUUAUAUUCCACUUAUUUAACUAAUGUUUCUUUCAUCCUAUCUAUUACUAAUAUUCUUGAAGGCUGAUCGAACAGGAUGGCUUUGGUGAUGAAGAAGCGAUUUUGUGAAUGAGCGUGAGAGCCUUGUAGAUGAUGAAUUGUGAAGAUAGAUUCGACAUAUUAAAAAAAUAAUCAAAUUAUUUGUUAUUGAACUUUUUUCAUUUUUGUAUAGGAUAAUAGCAAAGCAGCGACCCGCCCUGGCAAAGUGACAUGCCAAAAAAAGCUUUUAAAAGGAGCUAAGAAUGAUUCAAUUAUGACGCCGAAAGGAGUGGAUGUUUCGUGGCAAGUGGAGAACAGUGAGAGUGAUGACAGUGACGAAUGUGGUGAUAAGAUGGAUGUACAUUCUGAGAAAUUAGAUGCAAUUAGCAAACUUCUUAUCUUAGAAGGUCACAAGCCUCUGACACAUGUAUUGCAGGUCCCGUGGACAGAUGCUUUGGAGAAAAUAAAGCGCUUUUACACCUCAAAGAUGAGCGAAGUCAUCAACUCACUCCUUGAAGUCGUGGCUCCUGAUGAUGCCGGAUUGCUAUGGAGAGCUAUAAAAGAAUCAAGGGAGAUUACAAACAAGCUACAAAAAAGCCACGCAUCACAGUGCUAG